UUCUCCGCCGGUCGAGUCACUGUCGAGCAGAGGCUGAGAGAGGGACUGAGGGACAAUCUGACUCUGUACGCCGCGUCUGACGCUUCAGUCCGGGUUCUGGUGACAGUUUGAGCCCCUGAUCCGCCACCAUGGCUCCCUGCAGUUCCUCCCUCCCUGUUCCCCCUCCCCCAGCUCCAUCAUGCCCAUCCUCAAGAACCUCCCAGUGCGCCUGAAAGGCGGUGGUCCAACUCUAGACAACGCUUUAAUCCUCCGCAGGAUGAGCCUCAACAUCACCCCCCACCAUCACCAUCACAACCCCUUCGACGACGACGACAGCAUCCAUGACAGCAGCGGCCAUGGCAACCACUGGUCACCCGGCAGCUCUCUCCUGGACGGCGACGUGCCGAGGGACCGCAACCCAUUUGAGGAUGAGGAGGAUGAGAACGAGGCCAACGAGGGGAAAAAGGGAAGUGGAGGAGGAGGAGGUUCAGCAAAGAGUUCCUUCAAGUUUAAGUCGCCACUGAAGACUCUUGGGAAGUUGGGGAAGACCCUGAGAGUGUCAGUGAGGAACAAAGGAAGUGCAACCCCCUCCCCACAGGGGUCGCUGCAGGGAACCCCAUCACCUGCAGAGAAAAAGAAGAGGGGGAGGAGGAGCUCUGAAGGAAGUCUGCUCAGGUUUGCAGGGAAAUAUCGUGACACCCUGAGCUCCUAUAAGGAGUCUUUCACCAAUGGCGAGCUGAACUGUUCGGAGAGCGAGUGUGACUCCACCAGCCGCCGCCUGUCCUUCAUGAAGAUGGUGGGUCUUGGCAAGCUAAAGAGGGAGUCCAUGGCUGACCACUCAUCUCAGGGCCCUGAGGAGCAGCUGGUGCAGGAGGAGGUCGUGGAGGAGGUCAAACCCAGAGAGCCCCUAUCAGUCCUGGAGAUCCUGCAGCUGGUGAGGAAGCGGGACCUGUUCCUGGCUGACUCUCACAUCCUGGAGCUGGAGCAGGAGUGUAAUGAGUCUGCCGCCGCUGAGCGGGGCGGCGCAACACAGCCGGAGGACAGCACCAGCCCGGGUGUCAAAGACGGCGGGCGGAGGAAGGCGAAGGACGUGGAGCUGCUGUACGAGGAGCUGCAGAAGGAGCUGUGGGCCGUGGUCCGGGAGUCUCUGAGGUCCCCCACAGCUGGGCCGAACCUGGGCCUGGUGGUUCAGGUGCUGCAACAGGAGGAGCAGGCUGAUAAAGACUGGGCCGUCCGCAAGGGAGCAGCCCCAGGGGGCCCGAGGCCUCGUCAGCUGAAACAGAGGUGGAGGGAGGCAGUGGAGGAGGCAGCUGAGGGCUCACUGCCUGAGAGAGCAGAGUUCACAGCUGGGGAGCUGGAUGGAUACCUAGGGCGGCUCCGAGCACGUGUGGUGGAGGACUUGGGGGCCGCCAACAGAAAUGUGGUCUCCAUUUACCCCGAAGAGUUCCAGGCCUUUCAGGUGUAUGUGCAGAGUUACCACCAGGCGGUUGCCAGGCAACUGGAAGCCAUCACCGACAACCAGCUGGAGAUCACUGACAUCUACUCUCUGCUGGACUGGCUGCACAACAUCUACGACAGAGAUGUUCUGGGGACUGUGUGUAUCACAAGCCCGUUCAGCCGCUCUCAGCUUAGUCCUCUGCUGCCGUCAGAGACUGUGGACAGACUGGAGCUGGACUGUCUCAACUCUGUCAGGGCUAAAGUGACCACAGAGCUGAGUCAGGUCCUGGAUGAAGAGGAGAAGAGGUGGAUGGAGACUCUGCACAUCGAAGAGUAUCAGAUCACUCUGGCCAAAACCGUCAUACAGAGGCUGCAGGUGGAUCUGGAGCGGUCUGCCUCCAUCAACAUGAGUCUGGGCUCCAGAGUGGCUCAGUGCAGCCUCAACGGCCUGGCUGACUUCCUCUACAGUUUCCAGCGUAAAGUGGAGAUGUUCCAUGAGAAGGUGCAGAAUGGCCUGUUUGGAGACAGCGAGGACGGAUACGUGUCCAAGACAAUCGCCCUGGUCAACUGCUGCCCCCCCUUCAGAGGCUUUGUGCAGCGCUGUGCUCAGUGUGACCCGUCAGUCACUGAGGACUCUUUACGUCGAGCCAACAGAGCUCUGGAUCACAUCGUACAGCAGGGAGUCAGAGUCCUGUCUGAACGGCUGUACCUGCACAUUAGGCCGUUCUUUGAGCGGCUGGUGAAGAGGAAGUGGCUCAGCAACACAGAGCCGUACGAGCAGAUUGAGGCUCUGAUCAAAGAUCACUUCAAGAAGUAUCACAGGAUGGACAGUCCUCCAUACCAGCUGCUGGUAGCGGAGGUCCACCGGCGGGUGGUGAUGGAGUACCUUCGCUCGGUCAUGCGAGGCAGAAUCAUCUGCACCUCGAUGAAGAUGAGGAAGAGGAUGGCUGGUCGGCUCAGAGACGAAGGCAAACACAUCAAAGUCCUCUUCAAAGACCUGGAGUCUCCGUCCAGCUGGUUGGACAGCGCUCUGUCUCACAUCUCAGAGAUGAUCCAGCUGGAGGACGUCCCCUCCAUCCAGAUGGAGGUGGGAGUUCUGGUCAGAGAGUUUCCAGAUGUCAGGAAGAAGCACGUGUCAGCCAUUUUAAACAUUCGGGGACUGACUCGGCAGGCGGAGCGUCAGGAGAUCCUAAACAUCGUCAAAGACAUCGAGAGCAGUGAUGGCAGCGGCUCGGCCCGGCUGUCCCGGGACCGCGCCCUCUUCUCCGAGGUGCCGGUCACCUCCGAGGUCCACUGCCUGAACGUGGGCCUGAGCCGCAUCGCGCUCACCGCCUCGUCCUGCUUCACCACGCUGCGACCGCGCCGCCGCAAAACCCGAGCACCUGUCCAGGAAAGCUCUGACGAUGUUCUCUGAAGAGCCGAUUUCCAAGGUUCUAGAUUUUCCAAGAAGCCCCUGACUGAGUUGCAAUAGCAUGAUGGCGGUUUUUAUUUUUAAUUAUACUCCAGUCCUGAUUAUUAUCCAUUAAACCAGCACUGACUGGAUUCUUCCAUUAGACUGCCGCUUUAACAGAAUCCACCAAAAAUACCUUUGUUUUUUUGUCUCUUGUCACGCUAUAGAGAAAACAGAAGGAAUGGGGUGAAACUGAUGAUGAUGAUGAUGACAAUGAGGCUGAAUAAAGAACAUAACAGAGAGAACUGAGGAAAAAACUGGCCUGAAAAAUCAGCUCCUCUGUCAAGAAAAGAAUCAGCUCUCGAACAAUUUCUCUUUAAUGAAAAACUGAUUUGAAAUCAGAAAAUUCUGGUAGAUAGAAAAAUUAAUCCAUAAAUCUGGGGUUUCUUCUGUUGAAAUUAUAAAGGAUGGAAAAUCAUUUAUUUGGAUUUAAACUUCACAUGUGAUUUUCACCUGUGGAGAAAACAGGGUUGAGGCCUGGUCACACCAGAAAACUGUCACAGCAAAAUUCAUUAGUGUGUCUUUAUUGCCUUCACAGGUGAUGCUGAAAGCUUGGCCAGAGACAGGAACUAAUGUUAUUUGGCAACGUACCAACAGGAGUUAAUGUUAUGCGGUGAUGUAGUGACUGGAGCUAACGUCAUGCGGUGAUGUAGUGACUGGAGCUAACGUCAUGUGGUGAUGUAGUGAGUGGAGCUAAUGUCAUGUGGUGACAGUGAUUAGGGCUAAUGUAAUUUGGUGACUUACUGAUUGGAGCUAAUGUUAUUUGGUGACUUGGUGACUUAUGCUAACAUUAUUUGGUGACUUACCAACUGGAGCUAACAUGUGGCAACUUAAAGACUGGGACUAAGAACUUGGUGAUAUAGUCACUUGGGCUAAUGUUAUUUGGUGACUUAGUGACUGGAGGUAAUGUUAUUUAAUGACUGGGGCUACCAUUAUGUGGUGAUGUAUUAAUUAAGGCUAACAUUAUUUGGCAAUGUAUCAACUGGAGCUAACAUUAUGUGGUUAUGUAGCAACUGGAGCUAACGUUAUGUGGUGAUGUAGCAACUGGAGCUAACGUUAUGUGGUGACAUAGUGAUUAGGGCUAAUGAUAUUUGGCACCUUAGUGACUGGAGCUAAAAUUAUUUUUUGACAUAGUGAUUGGGGCUAUCAUUAUUUGGCAUCAUAGUAAUUAGGGCUAAUGUUAUUUGGCGACAUAGUCACUGGCUCUAACAUUUUAACAGUGAGUGGGGCUAACGUUAUUUGGUUCAGUUUUGUGUAUUAAAGUUGCUCACUCAAAUGCAUUAAUACAACAAACAAAUAGCUUGAAUGCUAACUGUUGCUUAAAAGAGUUAGCUUCUCCAACAGGCUAACAUUACCUGUACUUAAUGGAACAUUAACCAGGUUGUAUUUUUGAAGUCAUUUAGCAGAGUAUUUUUUCAUAGCUACCACACUACAAGAAAGAGUAUCAAGUGAUUUUUUUUUGGAUAAAUGAUGAUAAAACAUGACAUUGACACAACUUAAAAGUAGUCUGUAACGUUUCUUUUAACGUUUUUAGUUCUCAAAUUUGGUUUAAUAAAUUUUAUUUAAUUUAACUGACUUAGCUCUGAAACUUGUGUUGCUAUAGAAACUGCUGUGACUAGGCCUCAAUGAUGUAAAGUCACUGUAAUGUUAUUUAAAAUCACAUUUUUGAGACAUUACAUGUGGGUUUGUUAAGUUUUUUUAGUUGAUUUUAACAGGAUUACAUUUCAUGUUUGUACUAAAUCACAUGCUCCAGAUUUGAUUUUUUUUAACAUAAGGGACCUGUUCAACUGCAUUGCUGUUUGACAUCAGAACAAACUGCAGGAUUUCUGGACUUUGAGCUCGAAGGCACUUUAUUGAGGAUCAGUAAAAGGAAAGCAGUUCUCUGUGCUGAGGUGGACUCUAGACUGAAGUGCAUUCUGGGAAAAAGACCAGAACAAGAGGACUGAGAACCAGCAGCUGGAUUUAAGAUGAAUUUCAGGAUUUGUUUUGGGGAUCUUGACAGUUCAGGGUUUCAGAGAUGAGUUUCUAAUCCCAGGACCUGGAGAUGCUUUGUGACAAAACUGGACAGUUGUAGUUUUAUUGUUGCACACAUGUUGACACGUUUUAUUCAAAGGUACUACACAAAGAUCCGAGUCUCUAUCAGCUGAUUGUGUAUUUAAAGCCGUGAUUAUAGCUCAAGCUCUUAGGUGUGAUGAGGUUUAUUAAAUGUGAGAUUUAGAUAUAAACAGAGAUUAAUUAUUUCUAUAUUUCUAUUCUUUCUAUGUAGAAUUAUAGACUUUUACUAUAGUAUCUGGUGUUGAUUCAAAGUUUAGAUAAAAGGAGAGAGAGGGCUCACUCUGUCGACAUUAGAAGGACAACUACAGACUCUUCAGAGACAGACUGAGGACUAACUGGGCUUAAACAUCUCAUAUUUUAAUGAUUUAUUCUGCAUUUCCUCACAUUUCCACUUUUAAUGUUUUUGCAUGUUUUAGCUCAUAAAACAAGAUUAAAUUCCUGCUGUUCAUUUUACAAACCAUCCAUCAGUUUUUUAUUCUUCAUCUUCCUUCCAAGCGUCAUGUUCUAUAAAAAUCAGCUCUUUUUUGUUUUGAAAUAUCACACUGGUGGAUGCUUUGAAAGGAUGCUUUGACGUGUGAAGCUCAUUAACCAAAAACCUUUUUUAGCUGAACUGCAGUUCAGAUCAGAGACACGUCUGUCUGUUCUUCAUGUCUGUGGGAUGUAUGAAUGAAUUCCUCCUGUACAGGGAUCAGCUUUAAAUCACAAUAAAACACAUCAGAUCACG